AUGAAGUCCCCAUUGGUGCUAUGCGCGCUAGUAGCCGCCGUAUUUGGAUCCGCUUCAAAAUAUCGCGAGAAGAAGCCGCGUUGUGAACGGAUCGACUACGAACUGUGUCGUGAUCUACCGUAUAACCUUACUGGAUUCCCGAAUCUAGCCGGUGAUGAAUCCGCACGGGAUGCGCAGGACACUUUGGCGUCGUUCCAACCACUCAUUAACAGUCAAUGUAGUGAACAGUUACGAUUUUUCCUAUGUUCCGUCUACUUCCCAAUGUGCAAUGAGAAGAUCCUGCAACCAAUAGGACCGUGUCGACCACUAUGUGAAUCGGUUCGGGACAAAUGUUUGCCGCUCUUAAAGGACUUCGGAUUUUCAUGGCCAACACAAAUCGACUGCAAUAAAUUUAUUCUGGAGAAUAACAACGAAGAUAUGUGUAUGCGUGGACCAAACGAGGAAGGAGUUAUCGCUAAAACGCCUGAGGAUGUGAAGGAGGAUGAGUGUCCACCGGAACAUAUCUACGUGAAUCGAAGCGGGCGCUGCAUACCUAUAUGUGCUGCCGGACAGGGUAUCAAACAGACUGAUCGAGAAUCUGCUUCAACGGCACUUUUUAUUUUGUCGAUGAUUAGUUUAGUGAUCACUGCCAUAUCUUUGCUGACAUUUGUAAUGAGACGUCAUUGCCUCACUGCAUUGCCGGAAACGAGUCUUCUAUGGACAGCACUGUCUUUUGCGCUCAGCUCAAUCGUGUACCUCUUCAGUCUACUGUAUCGUGAACAGAUCUCAUGUACGGACUAUUCCUCGCAUCUGCUAUUCGUAGUCGGCGAUUUGCCACAUACUCCAUGUGCCUGCGUCUCUGCGCUACUGUACUAUUUCGGCACGGCAGGACGGUUAUGGUGGUUGGUGCUGUGUUGUACAUGGAAUCAACAAACAACCAGAUCCGGAAAUCUGGAGAAAUACCGUGUCCAGAUCCAGAUGCUCGCGUGGGCUUCACCGCUAGGAUUGGUGUUGUUCGCUCUUAUGGCACGAAGCACUGGCGCGGAUCCGUUGAGCGGUAUAUGUGUGGUUGGUGCCGCUAGCAGGGUGCUGGACGGUGUGUUCAACCUAUUCCGCGACCUUGUCUUCGUCAUUGCCUGUUCGAUACCACUUUUGGUCGGAUUCCGUGGAAUGAUGACAUCACCUCAGGCCACGUUUGGCGCAGGCCUUGAAGGAGCGCUAUACCCAGCCGCAGCUCUAUUCUACAUGCUUUCAUUUGUGAAUGACGCUUGGCAACCGUCGAUGCAUUGGACACGUAGCUGGAAUAUCGUGUCUGCGAUGAAAAUACUUAUCGAUCCUAUUUUGGGAGUGCUGGCUGCAUCCGCGUGCCUGCUCCACAUUAUCGUAAACCUAUGUCGCGCUAUCAGAUCACCAGUCGCUGACAAGCACGGCUAUCAGCCGGCUGUGCCUCGUAUUCCACAACCGGCCAUUCCUCAAUGGAGAACUGUUGCAGAAGCGUUGGAGGAGAAGGAGGAAGAAGAGGAUGGUGGUCGUAUUCGAGAGGGUACUGCACAUUCUAGAACUGACACCUCGUGGACGGCUGCUUCUGGCGGUGUACUUGCUCUAUCCCGUAAAGUGAGUCUUCGACUGGUCAUCAGCAAAACGAAGAUGGUGUAA